GUCGCAAUGCCAGUCGGGACGUUGGAGGACUGUCUGCCUGCGCUGAGGCAAGGUGCGUGUCCCCAGUGUCCGCUUCGGUCGCCCGGUUAGGAAUGCGCCUCACGAACUCGUUUGUCGGUGAUAUGUGUCAAUAGACGUUGUACGACGCGGCGAAUUACGAAGAAUCAUGCUUGGAUAUUGUUCAUGCAACUAAUAUCUUGCGUCAAAGUUUGAUUUGAGCCGCUAGCUCGGGUUAGCUAGUUCCCCGGAAUCACACAUAGCACGCUAAGCUACCUGUGUGUAGCAUACUUGCUAGCGCUGGUAAGUCUCUAGCUAGUGAGCUAGUCUUCGUGUGUUGCUGGACUACCCAGUCGAGCCAGUUGGAACAGGCUCGAUUGCUGCACACAGGCGAUAUUUCCAGAAGGUUUGGUGGCAAGCCGGUUUGGGAGAACGCGACGGGGUAGACGUGCGUCAGGAGCGGCUGAUGAGUUCGGAUCAGGGCGGAGAGCCGCCGCUGCUGCAGGAGGAGGCUGAUCCGGGACCGGCCACCGGUGGGAAGGACGAGGCUCCACUUGGGACCGAGGAAGGGUCAGGCGGCAUGGUCACCUCCAAGGGAGUCGGUCUGAACCCUAACGCCAAGGUGUGGCAGGAGAUCCCAGUGGUCUCCAGCGAGGUGUCGGCUGAUGCAACUCCCUGGUCACCUUCAGAUGUCAAUGACGCAUAUUCUGAGUCUAGUGGGUGCAAGCCCUACGCCGUGGGAUUCACAGCUCUGGACGAGGGCCUGCCCACCGACACCACCGAGGUCAUGGUGAAUGGAAUGGACCCACCGGAGCUCGGCUUCUCUCCUGCCGAGUCAAUCACCGGAACCUCGGUGGAACCCAAGGCGGAGGAGCCAGCAGUCUCUUCUGAGAACUUGCGUGAGUCUCUGAAGAAGGAGCUGGAGUUUUACUUCUCCCGGGAAAACCUCUCGAAGGACUUGUACUUGAUGUCCCAGAUGGACAGCGACCAAUUUGUUCCCGUUUGGACUAUAGCGAGCAUGGAGGGCAUCAAGGCACUCACCACGGACAUGGAUCUGAUCCUUGACGUCUUGAGAACUUCUCCGAUGGUCCAAGUGGACGAGAAGGGGGAGAAAGUGCGUCCAAAUCACAAGCGCUGCAUCAUCAUUCUGAGGGAGGUCCCGGAAACCACUCCUGUCGAGGAAGUCGAAGCUCUCUUCAAAAAUGAGAACUGUCCGAAGGUGAUAAGCGUGGAGUUUGCGCAUAACAACAACUGGUACAUCACAUUCCAAUCAGAUACGGACGCUCAACAGGUAAGCAACCCGGAAUCGCUCUUUCUUUUAUGGAAUUCUGCAUUCAAUAUUUGGUAUACCAAGUUGACUGACAUUCCGUUUUCCCUUUUUAAGGGACACAAAUACUUGAGGGAGGAAGUCAAAACAUUUCAGGGAAAACCCAUCAUGGCGAGGAUAAAGGCAAUCAACACGUUCUUUGCAAAGAACGGAUACCGGAGCAUGGACAACAGCAUGUAUGCCCAACCAUCGCAGGCCCAGUCCCAGUUCAACUCUCCUCUCUACAUGCAACAUAUCUACCCACAGCAGCAGUACCCUGUGUACGGCAUCGUGCCCCCCACCUGGACGCAGUCCCCCACCCCCUAUUUUGAAACCCCUCUGGCACCCUUUCCAAACAAUAGCUUUGUGAAUGGCUUUGGCUCUGCUGGACACUACAAAACUGGAUCAAACUCGCUCAAUAUGACUCGGCCCUUCAACCGAAACCGUGUGCCCCUCUAUUCAAGAAAGAAUGUAAUAAAUGCCUUCAGGAACCACGUGAAGCCCCAGGGUAGGACGGGCGAAGUGGCCCCUGCGUCCGUCACACCAGUCCCCCUGGAGAGUCUGACCGGCCUGCGGAGUCCCCAGCCCCUAUCUUGUGUCUCCAACAACACCACUAGCAACCACGGCAACAGCCAUGCUCAGACACCCGCUGACCUGGCGUCUGCCUUCCCACUUCUCUCUGCCGCUACUUCACCACUGGACCUUAACGACGACGGCGGCAUGGCGGGACGUGGCCGGAGGAGCACUACCUACCGAGGAACACGCAGGCGGCGGGAGGACGACCGCAUCACGAGGCCUGCGGUGCCCAUCGAGGUCAAGCCGUCUCCACCCAAGUUUGACUUGGCGGCCAACAACUUCCCCCCUCUCCCUGGCUGUGUGGUCAGCACGCAGGGCGAGCCUGUGCUCGAGAACCGCAUGUCAGACGUUGUACGAGGUUUGAACAGGGACAAGACGGAGCAGCCCAGUAAGGAGGCCGUCGUAGCGGCAGUCCCUGCACACAGCCCUGCGGUGGAGGAAGCGCCCCACGUCCCCUCGGUUUCCCAGAGCACAAACAAACCUGUUGCCCAGCCACUCGGACCCCCAGUGCUGAGCGCCCAACGCCCGGAGAAGAAAGUCGAGAGGGCAGAGCCUCUGAUUCCCAAAGCGGCCGUCGUGGUGCCGGCCCCUCCAGCUGUGACCACCACCAGCCCGGCCUCGGCGCAGCCUGUCGUGGCCCCCCGGCCUCAGCCCACUGCUGCCCCCGCACCGGUUAAAACCAACACUCCAAGCCCUGCUACCGUCACCGUCGCCCCACCCGCACAGGAGCCUCGUAAGCUCAGCUAUGCCGAGGUGUGCCAGCGACCACCUAUAGCCCCCCCUCCGGCGGCGCCUGCAGCCCCUGCCUCGGCGGGCCCCGCGUCCCCCCCCACGGCCCCCGGUCAGCCGCUGCGCGAGCUGCGGGUGAACAAGGCGGAGGAGCCCGGCUCCAGCAGCGGGCCCGAGGACAAGCAGGAGAGGGCCCACGACCGGGAGGGCGGCUGGGAGUGCAAGGAGAGCCGACCGCCGCGGGACCGUGACGGCCAGGGCCACUACCGCAGGAACGGACCCCGGGGAACCGGGGCCCUCAAGUUCCGAGACCAGAGACGCCCCCCACCGGCCCGCCGAAGCUCCCCGCAGGGAGGCUACAGACAUACUGGCAAAGAGCAGAACAUCCCGCCCGUAUCGCCAAAGUAAAACAAAAACAAACUUGAUUAUGAAAGAUGUUGGAAUAUAUAUAUAUAUAUAAAUAUAUAUAUAAAAUAUAUAUAUAUUAAAAAAAAUAACCUAUAAAAGCAACAACCUUAUGGUAGCCACCUCCCCCUGCCCUGGAACUUUUGUCCAAAGAAAAGCUUUUCAAAUGACAGUAAGACUGGGGACAUCCAGGACUAAAGAGCAAGCAAGGGGGAACUUUUGAGAGUCAAUCCAAAAGGAAAGGUAAAAAAAAAACUAAAAGAGGUUGGUUUUCUCUGCGGGCGGUUUUCCUUCAGCUCCGCUGGGGAGAGGGGGGGAGCUGGCCCUGUAACGGCCCUCCACCCGCUUGAUUUGAAAGAAUAGCUGUUGGUCUGCAACAAACAUAUGCACUAAGAAGAAAAGGAGAUGCAUAAAUGUUAUGUACAUAUACAAAGAUAUCACUAAUGCGCAAUGAGACAUCAUUUUUCUUUGUUCCCUGUGUGCUUGUGGUUGCCAGAAGGGUGUACUGAUGUUGAUGUAUGCAUUGAUUGUUAAGCGAGCAGUUUGGAGUGCUACACGUUGCUGUUGCAAUGAGUAUAAUGAAAUGGCUGAUUUUAAUGUUUGUUUUUUUCCUUCAAAUUUGUUAAAUUUCCGCUGCAAAGCUGAAUCUUUGUCCUGAAACUGGACGGUGUGGUCGUCGGAUGCACGAUAGAUAAUAAUGAAGUGUGUGCUAAAGCGGUAUUUUUUAGCCUUGGUAAGAUGGGCAUCAACGCACCUGUGAGAAAUGGUAAUGAAAACCCAUUACCCAUGUGGCUGUCAGGAGGGUGAUUAAGUUUGAAGCUUAAGUCCACAAGCCUCUAAAUCCUACGUGAACCCAGCAAGCCUACUCGUUGGGUCCAGAAUUUGAUUGUUAUAGGUAGAUUAAUCGAAGGUAGUUUAAUCUACUCCCACUAAUGGAUUUGGAACGUAUACACAUGGUAUCAGUCAAGCUCUCUGUUUACGUGUCUCCACAUAAUAGGACGGUAACUUUUUUUUUUUAAAGCAACUAAGGAGUAUGCUAUUGAUCAGAUAUAAAUGUAAUACGCUCAAUGGUAUGGUCUAGACUUGGCUUAUCUACAUGAAACCCCGGCUAUCAAGGUUAAGUAGAUAUUUGUGUAUUUGUUCUUAACAAGGUUAUAGUGUCAAAAGUAGGCUGUAGACUUCUGUUGCCAAGGACAAUGACAAACAUGUGGCCGCCACUUCAAGGGUACACGAAGAUCUGACCAUUUCCAUGUGCUAUGUGCCAGCUGCCUAUGAUCAUAGUGGAUAAAUAAAGGUUACGUUUCUUUCAACUACAAAACAUUAACCUUCUUGAAAGUCUGCAAAGUAAGGUAGUCUUUCAGGAGUUAUAUUGAGCCUAGUUAAACUAGAGCCUUGGAAAAAAAAACUAGAGGUAUAGCUGCCUAUGCUUUAUUGUGAUAACCCUUCAAUAGAGGUGUGUGUGGGAGAAUGUAUUCUAACUAUGAGCUUGCAGAGGAAAGCUUUUCACCAGAUUGUGUUGUGGUUUUUAGGUUGAGUUUUCCGUUUGACUUAGAUUUUACAGUUUGACACACUGUAUGUUUUGUUUUAUUUAAUCCCGCAGUGCAACGCUUUUUCCCCCAAUCUUGGUAGGCUGGUUUCCCCAAAGUUGUGCGAAAUCGCAUUGGCAAACAAAAAGGUUUGACCUCCUCCCUCUCCCCCAAACAAAAUCACUCAAAGAUAUUGUAUAUUGUUUGUGAGAAUAAGUGGUGAGUUCACUUUGGGUUUAGUGAUGCAGUUAAUAUCACAAAUUGAGCACGGGCUGUUAUUACUUUUUAAUUGCAUUGGAGCAGCUAGUGAUUUAGUGUAAUACAAAUAAUUGCACUAACUUGUUUUUAAAGGAGAAUCUUACUCAUAAGAAAUGUGAAAUCAUAUUAGAAACAUGGUAAUGAUAUUGAUGUUGACAGACUUGCAAGAAACUGCAGGAAUUUUUCUUUUGUUAUAAUUCAUGUUUGGGUUAUUUUCUGUUGAUUUGGGUUGGGUGGCAAAAGGAAAUGUAGUAAUGGAUCGACUUAAGUGUUUGAGACACAAUUCUAGGCCUGUAUGAAAUGUCACAAAAAAAUAAAUUAUUUUGAUUUGGCAUUUGAA